CACAUAGGUCUCGGAUAAGGGGAUAUGCGCGCUCCUUAUCUUUCUUUGCUCUUUGACUGUGCAUGAGUAGGUGAUUGAUUGUGACUUCUUUACUUCCAUUUACAUAGUAUCACCUCUCACUCGAGGGAAUACUCUUUCUUUCAUACAGCUCCUCCGUUCCCCCUCCUUCAACUACGAACCAUAUCAUACCACAGAGCAAAGCUUGAGGUCCCACUCUCAAAACAAGCAUGACAGUCACCACCGAUCUCCCCUCCUGGGAAGCCCGCGCCCUCGACAAGAAGUCACGCAUCCUAACCUCCGUACCACCGCAAUACAUCCACAGCGACCUCACCCACUCGACCACCGACCCAUCCCCCGUGCACUCGCUCGCCGCCCAAUACCUCACAUCAGAAGAAGUUCUCAUCACGAGCCUCGAUGCUCCGGCACUCCUAGAUCUUAUUGCUCAGGGCCGCUUCAGCAGCGUGCAGGUGCUGAACGCGUACACGCACCGCGCGGUCAUCGCGCACCAGCUGCUGAACUGCUGUCUGGAAUUCCCGUACGCGGCGGCGCUGGCGCGGGCCGAAGCCCUGGAUCGGGAGUUUGAGAGCAAUGGGAAGAGGACGACGGGCCCGCUGCAUGGGUUGCCGGUGUCGGUGAAGGAUCAGGUGAGGGUGGUGGGCACGGAGACGACGUGUGGGUUUGUGGGGAACCUGGGGAAGAAGGAUGAGGAGGAUAGCUUGUUGGUGAGCAUCUUGCAGGAGGCGGGCGCGGUGGUGUUUGUCAAGACGAGUUUGAGUAUUGGGUGUAUGUGGGGAGAGACUGUGAAUAAUAUCAUCGGAACUACGAGUAAUCCGUUCAAUCGCUCUUUCUCGUGUGGGGGAUCGAGUGGUGGGGAGGGCGCUCUGAUUGGUUUUUGUGGGAGUCCUAUGGGUAUAGGUUCUGAUAUAGGGGGGUCGAUUAGGAGCCCCUCAGCAUAUCAAGGCCUCUGGGGUCUGAGACCAUCAUCCGGCCGGAUCCCGUACAGCAAUAUACUAAACUCCAUGGAAGGACAAGAAACGGUUGCCUCGGUUGUCGGACCCAUGUCACGUUCACCAGCCUCGCUGGUCCUCUUCACCAAGACCGUCGCUGACGCCGAACCGUGGCUUUCAGAUCCCAAGUGCCAGCCAGUACCCUGGCGUGACGAGAUCUUCAGAUCCGUUACGUCGGGCAGGAAACUGAAAAUCGGAAUCAUGCAUUGGGAUGGAAUUAUAUUCCCACAGCCACCCAUUCGCUGGGGUAUGGAAAAACUGGAAGCAGUACUAAAAGCUGCAGGGCACGAAGUGAUCCCCUGGAGGAUUGACCAAAAGGCCGCUAUUUCGAUUCUAACCAGAGUCUUUGCGUCUGAUGCAAAUGGUGACAUCGAUCGAUCGCGUGCUGUUUCCGGCGAGCCUGCUCAGAACCUCCUAACCAACGCCUCUGCUGCGCCGCCUCUCACAUUACUUGAGUCUUGGUCCCUGGCAUGUGAGCGACUCGCCUUCCAAACGGAAAUUCUGAAGCAGUGGAAGAAGACGUCCAAAGUCGGAACUUCCGAGGAUGUGAUGGAUGUCUAUCUCACGCCUGUCAAUCCGGCCGUUGCUCCGCGACAUGGUCACUAUGCCAAAGCACGAUAUUUAGGAUACACGGGUACUGUAAACGUGCUAGACUUCUCGUCAUGUACGGUGCCGGUGGGCUUUGUUGAUCCCGAGCUGCACAAAGCUGAUCUGGGAGAGGAACUGGAUGCCGCAGGGAAAGAGAUUCCGAAGGUGACGGGCGAUCUAGAUAGACACAUCAGAAGCAUUUAUGAACCCGACGUGUAUAAAGGAUUGCCUAUAACAAUGCAGGUUGUUGGUCGGCGGAUGGAGGAGGAAAAAGUGCUUGGUGUGGCGACCUUGCUUAAGGAGUUAUUGAAAAAAUCAAGCUAGACUGAAGAAGCC